AUGUCUGCUGUCUGUCGUCACGGCAUACUUAUAGAGCAUCUCCCUUCGUCGUGGACCAUUGGGUGCCUGUAUGACAUUGGUUGCCAGACUGAUCGUGCACUUCACAAGUGGAACAUUGCACCUGAGUGGUGGUCAUGUCUGGUGUGGGGCAUCUCUAUCUUUCACACCUAUGGACAUCAAUGGGCUUGUCAGCUAUGGUAUCACCCUCGGAAGGAUCAUGUCUGGGGUCUUUCGGAUGGUGAAGUGUGUGAGCGUUUUUGGAGUGAACUGCGACAGCUCAUACCAAGUCUUCAGGUUGUGGGGUACCACCAUCGUCUCUUUGUGCUUGACAUGCAGAUGAGCCAUAUCACUGAUACAAAGUGCCUGGAUUUGGGGAAUUGGUUGCACCAUCACAUCACAAAUGCCAAGAAAUGUCUCGAGUCGGCUCAACAGGCCCUCAAGGAGCAGAAUGUGGAUGACAUGCUGGAACAUUUCAAGGCACAGCAUCAGUAUCACUCGAAGCCUCAAGCUCGGCAAACCAAGACUCCCAUCCACACCAAGAUCAAGGCCAUCAUGGGCUGGAAGGCAACCAUUGAGAGUUCUAGGUCACUUCUAGAAGACUUGAGGUGCAAUAUGCCUACCGGCUCUGAUUCAGUGGUGGAACUCCUCCUGGCAGAUUGGCAGGAACACAUUGAUGUCCUUGACAGCAGCGUUGUGAGGCUGAGGAGUUCUGUAGAGAAGGCCAUGAAGGAGUUGCAGGCUAAGGAUGAUACACAUGAGGAACUCAAGAAGGCAGAGAAGGAUGUAUGGGCAAAUGGCUUCUUGAACCUUCGUGUGCUGCACGAUCAGUUACUCCACAAAUUACAUGCAAGAAAACAGGAGCUGCAACGACUUGAUCAAUCUCAUGGAGGACGAGUCGCUGACCAGAGUUUACGAGAUCAUGUGGACAAAGCAGUCUCUCGUCAUUCAGCUGGAGUUGAUGCCACUCUGAAGAAGUAUAAUGAUAAGAUCUUACAAUUGGCUGAGAUGAGAGGGAGAAAUGGGGUUGCCGAAGAUGCAUGGCUUCCCUCACCACUCAGAAAGGAGGGUCUCUAUAAGUUGGAUGUAGAUCAAGAUAUAUGGCAAGAUUGUGAUCCUUCACAGUUCGAAGAGCUACCGGCAUGGCUCGCUGAUCCAUGUGUAAAGGAAGGUAUCCCUUUGGCACAGAUGGUUGUCAGCUGCCAAUCUGAGAUUGCCAGAUGUGAGGCUGAACAUGCCAAUCUCUGUCAAUGGAUAUGGGAGGAGAGUUACCAAGCUGUUCACCUAUACUUUGCUGCCCUUGGAAGUGAUGUUGACGUUGCCUUUUUUUCCCUCAUGUGGAUUCACAGGCUUCACAAGCUACAAAAUCGCUGGGAAGGAAGUACCAAAACUUUCGAGAUCUCCGCUGGUACAAAAGAUUGGGCUCCCAAUGACCCUCCACCCUCUCUUCACACAUUCCAUAGUCUGCCCGAAGUUCAGGCUCUUGCUAAACAUCAUAACCCAAACCAUUCACCCCCAGUCCACAGGGUGCCUGACGAUGGUUCUGUCAGGUCCAACAGCGAUGAGAGUGAUAUGUUUGAAUUGAAUGGUUCAGAGGAAGAAGAUGAAAUGCUUGCACAGUUAAUAGAGGCAGCUGAGGCAGGUGGCGUGUCUCUAGAUUAG